AAAACCUUCCUUUCUACCCCUUCCUCCAUAGCUCAAAGGGGUAGAGAAAUUUCUUAAUUUCCAUUAAAAGCUCCUUCCUUCUCAAUUCAUAUACGUACAGAUCUAAAGACAUUUAUAUUUCCUGUUCUACCCUCCCUUCCUUCCUACUACUUUUCCUUUUAAAGCAAAGCUAAUAAUAUAGCUAGUAAUUUCUUUUCUCAUUCUACCCUCCCUACAUUCUUCUUCCUCUUUCUGCAUAAGAAUAGGUAAGAAAUUCAAUUUCCCUUCUACCCUCCAUCUUGUAUACCUAUUUCUUGUUUCUUCUUCAUUCUUGAAUUUCCACCAUGCCAAGCAAGCUACGGAAAGCGCUGGGAGCGGUAAAAGACCAGACGAGCAUAUCGCUGGCGAAGGUAUCAGGCACUAACCGUUCGAAUCUUGACGUAGCAGUCUUGAAGGCAACAACCCAUGACGACUUUCCUGUAGAAGAUCGGUUCGUGAAUGAGGUUGUCCUUCUAACGAACUCUUCCCGCAGCUACGCUUCUGCCUGCGUACAGGCACUGACUCGCCGCAUCGCUCGCACCCGCAACUGGAUCGUAGCUCUCAAAUCUCUCAACCUCAUCUUCCACAUCCUCCAAGAAGGCGACCCUCACUUCGCUCAGGAAGCUCUCCACGCCAUGAAGCGUGGUUCCCGUCUCCUCAACCUCUCAAACUUCCGCGACGACUCCAAUUCCAGCCCUUGGGAUUACACCGCCUUCGUUCGCACCUUCGCUCUCUAUCUCGACGAGCGACUCGAUUGCUCUCUCAUGGGAAAGUUACACCGACGCCGUAGUCGAUCCAUCAACAAUAUCUCCGACGUGAAGCCCGCCAUUCUCUUAGACAACAUCUCCUACUGGCAACGUCUCCUCGAUCGCGCACUCGCCACACGCCCCACUGGCCCUGCUAAGACCAACCGUCUCGUGCAGAUCUCUCUCUACUCCGUCGUUCGUGAGAGCUUCGAUCUCUAUCGAGACAUCUCCCAUGGCCUCUCUCUUCUCCUGGAUAAUUUCUUCCACCUCCCUCAUCCGUCUUGUGUGGAGGCGUUCCACGUAUGCACCAAAGCCUCAAAGCAGUUCGACGAGCUCGACGCGUUUUAUAGCCUCUGUAAGAGUCUGGGCGUUGGACGGACGGCCGAGUACCCGAGCGUGCGGAAAAUGUCUGAGCAGCUGCUCGAGACGCUCCAGGAAUUUCUUAAGGAUAACCAAUCUACCUUCCGUGCUUGCAAGCACAAGGAUGGUGAGAAGCUACUUGCUCUUCCUGGCCCACCUAUCAAGGAUUCGAUAGGCUCUGAGCCGUCCGAUGACCCAUCUGAUCAGGACAUUAAAGCUGAAUUCAGUUCAGAAGAAGAGAUAGAGAAGUCAUCUGAAACGUCUGAUCGGAACACCUUGGAAGAUGAUUUGGUGGAUGUGAAGGAAACAAUUGUCAGUGUCUCAUCGACUAUUGGUGGUGAUGAUCACGACGCCGGUGAAUUGAUUAAUGUGAAUGAUGCAAACAUAAGCUCGCCGUCUUCGGUCGAUCAAGAUCACAGAGCAAGCCUUGAUGAUCUAGGGCUGUUCGAUGUAGUAAGCGGUGAUUACAAUCCGAAUUUUGAAGAAAAACUACAGCAGCAACACCAAGAAGAAGAAGUUCCACCAUCUUGUUCGGCGGACGGAGGAGCGAAGAAAGGGUGGGAAUUAGUGUUGGUGGAGACGGCAAACAUCAUAUCAGAUCAGCCCAAUUACACUACGUUGAGAGUGCCAGACUCGCAGGUUCUAGAAAACGUCUAUCGCAGCCCGCGUCCAUUGGCCUAUCAUCACCAUCAAAACCUCGGGAACCCGUUUCUACAAGAAGGGAAUGAGAACAACAUCUUCCUCACCACAGCACUGGCAUAUUCCUCAUCGGAUCUGCCACCACCAACCUUCAGUGCGACAAACCCCGAACUGGCCUUACCGCCGGAAGCUGAUCCUUUUUCAUCAGUGUACUGCUUUCCUCCGUCGCCGGCCCAUGUCCUGCCGGAUAGUCCUUUGUUGACGGCUGGAUACAUUCCUCCUCCUUUGGCUACUCAGGUUCAAACAUCUGACGACUCCAUGGAUCAGAAUUUCAUGUUAGAGCAGCAGCAGCAGCUGUUGCGGAUGCAACACCAGACUCACGACUGAAAUUGCUAGUUUAAGUGAUAUUUACAUCCUCUCUCUUUGGAUGCAUACACCGACA